GCGAAGGAAAUGUCAUCUCGGUAGAAAACGAGAAUCUAUGUCCGGCAACGUGAUCGAGCUGCGCACGGGAGCGCGAGAGACGCAUUUCUCCGACCGCUUUUCCGAGGUAAAUUCACUGUAGUAAUUCGAUGGGAACGCCGGAGAUUGCUUCGUGUUCUCGCAUGAAUCCCGUGGGAGUUGUUGUCUCCCUUCGUUCGAUUUCGUGAGGUCUGCGUAUCUCGAUGGGGAUGUUUAUGAUUAGUAACUGGGUGCAAUACCUGGGGCGUCUCUCAAUCCAUUAUGCUGGGUAUCUUUGAAGAGAUAGCUGAUGAAGAUAAUUACUUAUCCGUAUCUCAUCACUUUCUUGACGUAUACGGCUCCUACAUGGACAACUGUAGUUGCUGGUGCAUUUGUGCUCGUGACUCUCGCUCUCUCCAUCUACCUUUUAUUCGAGCACUUAGCAGCCUACAAAAAUCCUGAGGAGCAAAAAUUUCUCAUUGGUGUCAUCCUUAUGGUUCCGUGUUAUGCGGUAGAGUCAUUUGUCUCAUUGGUGAAUCCAUCAAUUAGUGUUUAUUGUGAAAUACUGCGAGAUUGCUACGAGUCCUUUGCAAUGUAUUGCUUCGGGAGAUACCUCGUCGCAUGCUUGGGGGGUGAAGAAAGGACUGUCGAAUUUAUGGAAAGACAAGGACGUACAGCUGCUAAAGAUCCUCUAUUAGAACAUUAUUCUGAACACGGCAUUGUGAAGCAUCCUUUUCCAAUGAACUACUUUAUGAAACCAUGGAAACUCGGUCAAUGGUUCUACCAAAUUAUCAAGAUUGGGAUUGUUCAAUAUAUGAUAAUAAAGGCUCUAAGUGCUGUCUUAGCAGUAAUUCUUGAAGCCUUCGGAGUAUACUGCGAUGGAGAAUUUGAGUGGGGAUGUGGAUACCCUUACAUUGCUGUUGUUCUUAAUUUCAGCCAGUCCUGGGCUCUGUACUGCUUAGUUCAGUUUUACACUGUCACCAACGACGAAUUGGCACAUAUAAAGCCAUUGGCCAAGUUUCUCACAUUUAAGUCGAUUGUGUUUUUGACUUGGUGGCAGGGCGUUGCAAUAGCUAUUCUGUACGCCCUGGGUUUGUUCAAAAGUCCUAUAGCUCAAGCUUUGCAGUUUAAGUCAAGUGUGCAAGACUUCAUUAUCUGUAUAGAGAUGGGAAUUGCUUCUGUUGUACAUCUGUAUGUAUUCCCAGCAAAACCGUAUGAGCUUAUGGGAGACCGAUUUACUGGAACUGUCGCAGUUCUUGGAGACUAUGCAUCUGUUGAUUGCCCUCUGGAUCCUGAUGACGUUAGGGACAGUGAGCGCCCCACAAAGUUACGCCUCCCACAGCCUGAUGCUGAUUUAAGGAGUGGAAUGACUAUCAGAGAAAGUGUGCGGGAUGUUUUUGUAGGUGGUGGCGGACAUAUCGUGAAUGAUGUGAAGUUCACAGUGACCCAGGCAGUAGAACCUGUGGAGAAGGGGAUUACAAGAUUUAAUGAGAAGUUGCACAAGAUCUCUCAAAAUAUAAAGAGACACGACAAAGAUAAGAGAAGAACAAAGGAUGACAGCUGCAUUGGUUCGUCAUCAUCCACGCGGAGAGUGAUACGUGGAAUAGAUGACCCCCUGUUGAAUGGCAGCUUUAGUGACAGUGGUGGUUCAAGAGCAAAGAAGCAUCGCCGGAAAUCAGGAUAUACAAGUGGAGAAAGUGGAGGUGAAAGCAGCAGCGAUCAAAGUUAUGCUGGGUACCAGGUCAGGGGCCGGCGGUGGAUUACCAAGGACUAGUUUGCCAGGAAGAAGUGCAUCAAUUUGAAGUUAUUUCCUGAGAUUGCUUCUGAUAGGUUGAAUCUGCAUACCCUCCAAGAAUGGCUUAUUAUCUUGGGUCAAUGUCGUCUAGGUCGGCCAUUUCAUUCUGCACGCCACGAAAAAAGCCUUGCAAGUUUUGGUCAACAUAUGUACACUCUCUUCCCAGAUGCUUAUAUUAAUGAGGAAGCAAUCUGCAUGUUGGUCACUGACUGUGGUUAUGUGCCAUAGGCGAUGGUUUUUUUAAGUCCCUGUGGCUCAUGUCAUUAUUGGCGCCAAGGAUGAGGGAUCUCUGUGUCAAUUGUGAAUUAUUUUCUUUGUUUUUGAAUGCUUCCAGGGUUACCGGCCAAAAAAGAAAAUGCUUUCAUGUUAAACAGAAAAAUACUGUGGUUAUGUAAUACA